CAGCCGGAGCCGCCGCCGCCGGCCGCACAGUGCCCGCGCCGCGAGCGGCGGGAAGGAGCGCACGGGCGGGACGCGCCGCGGCCCCCGGCCCCCGGCCCCCGGCCCAGCCAUGUCCCUCGGCGGCCCCCCGGAGCGCAGCGUGCCGGCCACCAAGAUCGAGAUCACCGUGUCCUGCCGGAACCUGCUGGACCUGGACACUUUCUCCAAGUCGGACCCCAUGGCCGUGCUGUACACGCAGAGCCGGGCCAGCCAGGAGUGGCGAGAGUUCGGGAGGACCGAGGUCAUCGACAACACGCUGAACCCGGACUUCGUGCGCAAAUUCGUCCUCGACUACUUCUUCGAGGAGAAGCAGAACCUGCGCUUCGACGUGUACAAUGUGGACUCCAAAACCAACGUCUCCAAACCGGAUUUCCUGGGACAAGCCUUCCUGGCGCUGGGCGAGGUGAUCGGAGGGCAGGAGCGCGUGGAGAGACCCCUCACGGGUGUGCCGGGCAAGAAAUGCGGGACCAUACUGCUGACUGCCGAGGAGCUUAGCAACUGUCGGGACAUUGCCACCAUGCAGCUGUGUGCCAACAAGCUGGACAAGAAGGACUUCUUUGGGAAGUCGGACCCUUUCCUGGUGUUCUACAGGAGCAAUGAGGAUGGCACGUUCACCAUCUGCCACAAGACAGAGGUGGUGAAGAACACCCUGAACCCCGUGUGGCAGCCCUUCAGCAUCCCGGUGCGGGCUCUCUGCAACGGAGACUACGACAGAACAGUGAAAAUCGAUGUGUACGACUGGGACCGAGAUGGAAGCCAUGACUUCAUUGGCGAGUUCACCACCAGCUACCGGGAGCUCAGCAAGGCCCAGAACCAGUUCACCGUGUAUGAGGUCCUUAACCCCCGGAAGAAGUGUAAAAAGAAGAAAUACGUCAACUCGGGAACUGUGACACUGCUCUCCUUCUCCGUGGACUCAGAAUUCACGUUUGUGGACUAUAUCAAGGGAGGGACACAGCUCAACUUCACGGUCGCCAUCGACUUCACGGCUUCCAAUGGGAACCCCCUGCAGCCGACCUCGCUGCACUACAUGAGCCCCUACCAGCUCAGCGCCUACGCCAUGGCCCUCAAGGCGGUGGGAGAGAUCAUCCAGGACUACGACAGCGACAAGCUCUUCCCGGCCUACGGCUUCGGGGCCAAGCUGCCCCCCGAGGGCCGGAUCUCCCACCAGUUCCCCCUGAACAACAAUGACGAGGACCCCAACUGCGCGGGCAUCGAGGGCGUGCUGGAGAGCUACCUGCGGAGCGUGCGCACCGUGCAGCUCUACGGGCCCACCUACUUCGCGCCCGUCAUCAACCAGGUAGCCAGGGCUGCCGCCAAGAUCUCUGACGGCUCCCAGUACUACGUUCUGCUCAUCAUCACCGACGGGGUCAUCUCUGACAUGACGCAGACCAAGGAGGCCAUCGUCAGCGCCUCCUCGCUGCCCAUGUCCAUCAUAAUCGUGGGUGUGGGGCCCGCCAUGUUUGAAGCCAUGGAAGAGCUGGACGGGGAUGACGUCCGUGUGUCCUCUCGGGGACGCUACGCGGAGCGCGACAUUGUUCAGUUCGUGCCAUUCCGGGACUAUGUGGACCGGUCGGGGAACCAGGUGCUGAGCAUGGCUCGACUGGCCAAGGACGUGCUGGCCGAGAUCCCGGAGCAGCUGCUGUCCUACAUGCGCACCAGGGACAUCCAGCCGCGGCCCCCGCCCCCGGCCACCCCGACUCCGACGCCAGCGACCGAGCAGCCCUGAGGGGCCCCCCAAUGCCCAGCAGCCUGCCCGCCUGCCACCCACUGCUUCUGCCGAAAGCCAGAGGCUCCCGGAGCCCCGGCCUCACCAGGCGGCCAGCUUGGAGGACAGAUGCCAUCUCAGCCGCCCACCCCCGUGCCCGCCGCAGGCUCUGGCACUGCCACCACUUCCCUGUUUUCCUGCUAAUAAUAAAGCUGAUCUUUAUGCCA